AUGACAGUUUUUUUUAAUUUUACAAAAUUUUUUAUAACAUUUAAGACUAACGACCUUUCUAUUUUUACUUCAAAUUAUGCUUCAGCAUUAACAAUAAUUAAUUAUAUAAUAAUUAUUUUUUGUGGUAUAAGUAUUCAAAUACAUGUUUAUCGUUAUUGUAAAGGAGUAGAAAUGACCAAAUUACGUAAUAUGAAUAAACAAAUGAGUAUUGUUUUGGGGGCACAGGUAAAUAAUUGUGGUAAAGGUGAUAGUUUGGACGCCUUCUUUUUAAUAUAUAAUUAAAAAGUUUCAAAAGUUAAAUAGUCAGAAAUUUGUGAUGAGGCUAUGCAGAAGAUGUAGUGGCCUUUCAAAAUUAAAAUAGUAUAUUCGAUAAGGUUAGGAAAUAACUCAGGUUACUUGUCUUAUUGGUUUUUGGCGUGAUAUCAAGGGAUUUAAUAGUUGGGGAUCUGGAAGGAUAGAAGGAUAUCGGGAGUUUACAGGAAUUAAUAUGUAGGUAUAUCUGAUAUCAAAGAAUUUAUUAGGUUACCGGGAAGGGGAUUCGGAGAGAAUAUCGGAGGUUUAAGAAUGAUAUUAAUGAUUCGAUAUCUUCCCCAAAUCCAAUUAAUCUACUAAUAUCUCUCUUAUUAUUAAAUCCAUUGAUAUUGCUCUUAGCCCGUCCAAAUCCACCCUAAUCCCUGUAAAUCUCCUAAUUUUAAUACACCUAAUUCAUUUUAUCUCCAAACCGCUCCGAGAAAUCUGGUUUUUCGUCAAAAUUUUAACUGACCCGACUAACUGG